CGCGUGUCCGGUGACCCCGUCCCUCCCCUCCCACAGGCGGCUGUGUGGGCGAGUCAUGGCCGCCUCGAAGCCCGUGGAGGCGCCGGGCGGCGGCGGCUCCGGCACGGGUCUGUCCCGCUGGCAGCUUGCUUUGGUGCUGGGGGCGCCCAUCCUGCUGGGCGCCGGCGCUGUCUACCUGUGGGGGCGGCGAGCGGCCCGCCGCGGCGGGAAGGGCGCGAGCGAGCGAAAGACCCCAGAAGGGCGGGCCAGCCCCGGCCCCUAUGGCGGCGGCGCGCAGCCCGAUGGGCCCGGCCACGAGGAGAUGAGCCCUCUUGAUAGAGCCCAAGCAGCCAAGAACAAAGGAAACAAAUAUUUUAAAGCUGGAAGAUAUGAGCAAGCCAUUCAGUGUUAUACUGAGGCUAUCAGCCUGUGCCCUCCUGAGAGAAAUCUUGAUCUUUCUACCUUCUACCAAAAUAGAGCUGCUGCCUAUGAACAGCUGCAAAAAUGGACAGAAGUGGCACAAGAUUGUACAAAGGCUGUGGAGCUUAAUCCUAAAUAUGUGAAAGCUCUCUUCAGACGUGCAAAGGCUCAUGAGAAGCUAGACAAUAAGAAGGAAUGCUUAGAAGAUGUCACUGCAGUCUGCAUUUUAGAAGCCUUCCAAAACCAGCAGAGUAUGUUAUUAGCUGAUAAAGUUCUCAAACUCCUUGGAAAAGAAAAGGCCAAAGAGAAAUACAAGAAUCGUGAGCCUCUGAUGCCCUCGCCACAGUUCAUUAAAUCCUAUUUCAGUUCUUUUACGGAUGAUAUCAUCUCCCAGCCUUUGCUUAAGGGUGAGAAAUCAGAUGAGGAUAAGGAUAAGGAGGGAGAGGCUUCUGAAGUAAAAGAAAACUCUGGCUAUUUGAGAGCAAAACAAUAUAUGGAAGAGGAGAACUAUGACAAAAUUAUCAGUGAGUGCACAAAAGAAAUUGAAGCAAAGGGAAAAUACAUGGCAGAAGCUUUGCUUCUGCGAGCUACUUUCUACUUACUUAUUGGCAAUGCAAAUGCUGCCAAACCAGACCUAGAUCAGGUCAUCAGCAUGGAAGAUGCAAAUGUGAAGCUCCGAGCUAAUGCUCUGAUCAAACGAGGAAGUAUGUAUAUGCAGCAGCAGCAACCUGCACUGUCCACUCAAGAUUUUAACACGGCUGCUGAUAUCGAUCCUCAAAAUGCAGAUGUUUACCACCAUCGAGGACAACUGAAAAUUCUGCUUGACCAAAUUGAAGAGGCUGUGGAAGACUUUGAUGAAUGUAUCCGAUUGCGACCGGAUUCUGCCUUGGCUCAAGCACAGAAAUGUUUUGCUCUGUAUCGCCAAGCAUAUACAGGGAAUAAUCCUUUGCCUGUGCAAGUAGCUAUGAAAGGCUUUGAAGAUGUCAUUAAAAAGUUUCCAAAGUGUGCUGAAGGCUAUGCUCUAUAUGCUCAGGCACUAACUGAUCAACAGCAGUUUGGCAAGGCUGAUGAAAUGUAUGAUAAAUGCAUUGAUCUUGAGCCAGACAAUGCCACUACGUAUGUUCAUAAAGGUUUACUUCAGCUUCAGUGGAAGCAAGAUUUAGACAAAGGUUUAGAACUCAUAAGCAAGGCCAUUGAAAUUGAUAACAAAUGUGAUUUUGCAUAUGAAACCAUGGGAACGAUUGAAGUGCAAAGAGGUAAUCUAGAUAAAGCCAUUGAAAUGUUCAACAAAGCUAUCAACCUGGCCAAAUCUGAAAUGGAGAUGGCCCACCUCUACUCGCUCUGCGAUGCUGCCUACGCCCAGACAGAAGUUGCAAAGAAGUAUGGAUUGAAACCACCAACACUGUAAAAACAAACACAAAACAAACAAGAGGAGGAAAUGACUUCACUUUAGAAGUUGCCCACUUCAGUCAGCCCUAAAGACGCUGUUGCAAACCAUGUUGAAUGGUGGAACUUAGUUUUUUCCCGUUCGUGGUGUUGUCAUUUGCUACAUCUGUUAAAUGUUUAGGUGUUGUGGGAAUGGUUAUUCAAGGGAGUAUGCACUGUUGCAUCUUGUUUCUUCUGCAACAAAAACCUUAAAGCAUUUUAAGGGGAAAAAAAGUUGCAGAGGAACAAAUGGAAGAUACUUAGGCCAUGCAAAUAAAAACUUUAUAUUGGUUCAUUUUGAGUGAUUACGUUAUGGGUGAUUUUUGCUUUACUAAAUAAUAUUACAGCAUGUUUUUUUUUCCCCUGUUGAUUUUAAAGGUAAUACUAGUCAGUGCUGUAAAAUAGGUAUCUCUUUUAUAUUAAUUCUUGAGGGUUGAUUUUAAUUUUGCAAAAAGGAAAAAAAAACAAUUUACAAACUGUUUGUUAACAGAUUUUUUCUUUUUUAAAGCCAGUAGCUGUGAAGAGAAUUCUGUAAAUAUAUGCAAGCAUGCACAAUCUUCCCUUAAAGCCCUUCCUACCCUCUGCAUUACAACUUAAAAAUAGUCUUGUGGCAGCUAUUAGGGAAUUAAUUUGAUAGUCCUUAUUCUCACCCCAGAAAGCCCAGGUGUCCAUGUAGGAGAGCUAGUACAAAGGUUUUUUGGGGAAAGAGGCUAGGUAAUGCUACUUUACUGCAGAUUUUACUGGAAGAGAUGCCAUGUUCCUGUGCAGCAGUCCUUACUUGAAUGUCACAAGAAAUUGUUCUGUAGGGUUCUGAGAGACUUUCAAGGAUAGAAAGCACUGCUGGGAGUGGAGCUGCCAAGGUACGGUCAUGCUUGCUUGUGAUCUCUCCAUUGCUGAAAUCUAUGAGUUCAUACAACUGUCUAAAUUCUCUUCUUUGGUCCCUAGAGACUUCUGCUCUAAUCCUUGUAAUAGCCCUCUGCGGGAUUAAGUGAGAUAAAGAACAAGGCAUAGUCUAAACCCUCAAAUCAUGGAUUCAGAACCUUUGCUAGUUCCCUUGUUCUUCAGGCCCUGUAUUGUCUAAGAUUACAGAUACUGAACAAAAGAAGCAACUGUUUGGCAAAUAGCAGGUUGGCAAGUUACUACUAGCAUAAACACUCAUCCUCUAACUAUGAACUUCAGUGACCACUUCUCUGCUGCUUUGGGUUGAUCCAUCUGAUACUGUAGUCAGUCUGUGGUGCCUCUCCCUGGGCUGAUGUGGCUGGAUAAAACUCAUGCAAUUACGUAAUUGAUGUCGCUUAGUUUACCAUACAUUGAUCUGUGCUUCUACCCGUUCUAAAAUCAUAGAUUUGCUUGUGUUGAAUUUUCUAAUGUAUUUCACCUCUUAAAGAAAUGAACCAGACUGCCAUCAAACUGUCUUGUUCUCUCCUUGUGGCACUCCAUAGCAGCAGCUUGUGUUUUCAACUUGACCUACCUUUCUUCCAGCAAAAACAAUUGAGAAUGGAAAUGGUGAACCGUAGAUGUGGAGAGUUAAUCUUUGUAUUUUAGUUAGCUUACUGAUGUGAUCCGAAAUCGUGGCGUUGGCAUAGAAUUGAAGGCACUGGAAGGUACUUGCAGCUGCUAAGGACAUUGUGUGUAACAAGUGUCAAAUGCCUUCUGGAACUUGCUAUCUCUGCAUCAGUUCCUGCAUUUGUUCCCGAGAACAAAACUAUGCCAUUCUGACCGAGUUGUCCUGUUCUCCCGAGGAGUUUUUAUUUGCAUGGCCUUAUUUACAUUGGCUUUUUCUCCUCUUCACCCUACUUUUACCCCGUUCCUGUCCCCACCAAACCAAUUAAGGGAAAAAAGCAUGUGCUCUCAAAUACUAGCAUUCCAAAUCAUCACAGACUCUUGCCUGUUCUUGAACUAGUUUGAAACUGCACUGAAAAGGAUGCAUUGUCUGUAAUUUUUUUGUAAAUGACGUAUCACCUGUAAACUGAAGAAAAAAAAAUAAAUAUUACCUUCAAGUAUCGUUCUCUGACAUGAAUAAGAGCAGGUUUUGAUGGAAGUGCUCUCUGCACUUAUUUGGGUCACUCCGCAUCUAGGAAGAAUUAAUAACAACUGACUGCCUCUCAUCUCUCACCUGAGCCUUGAAGAAAAGAGGAGGAGACAUGGAAUGAAGGAACCUUAUCUCUUGAUUGCUACCAUCCCCUGCAGAGGUAUGAUCUGGAGGGCUGAAGCUUGCAGGGAGAUAGGAGAGCUGGGAAUCUGAGUAGCUGACACCCUCUUCACAUGCGUGUGCAGUUAGAUUCUGCUCCUCCAGGGAAAGGGAAUUCAUUUCUUUAUUGGCUGAUGUGUGAGGGUUUGUUUUAUGCCAGGUAUACAUGUGAACUUGCCUUGAAAUUUUUUUUUUUUUUUUUUUUUAAAUAGGGGUUGAGGGCUACUGUUGAAACAAUUAUUGCUGCUAUUUAAAGGAAAAAACAGUGAAGUCAUGUAGGAAGUUAGUAAUGAAGGUCUGGAUAGACACUGUAUGGUAGAACCUAUGGGAAGUUGGUUCUUUGCAUAGUUGUUAUGCAUCUUAAUUCUGAUCACAUAUAAUUCCUGCUGUUUGUGUUAAGAUGCAGAGGUUAGUUUGCCAAAAUGGAGAUUAAAAGCUGUGCCUUGAUUUAGUAGGAUCUACUUUCACAGCCAUUUCAGAGCUGUUACUGGCUAGUUUUAUAUGUUUAACAGAAUAUUAGUGCACAUGCAAAAAGUGGAUACUUUAAAGUGCCUGUCUCCUGCUAACAUAGAAUUGAGUACUGGCUGCUUUAGCUACCUAGCUGAGAACCAGUUGUGUACAUUUUGUUUGCAAAACCCUCUCAAGUUCACAAUCCAUUGGUAUCAUUUCUGAGUGACUGAGUAAAUUUUCCUGGAGAUUCCCAAUGCAGCCUCCUAGGACAAGGUACUUACAACUCGACCUGACAAAUAAGGCUGAGCUCACAUCACCUCUUCAGCUUUGUUCACCAAAGUGGGCCACUACACAUUUUCACUUGUUCUGUCCAUUUGAAAUUCCAGGAGAGGAUCAUCCAUGCCACAGAUUUUGUUUUAUUGCCUGUUUCAGACUGGAUCUUACAUCACCGCAUUGAAGUGGUUAGCUGUUGAGAGACCUGCAUUUCUUUUAUCCUCCAAAGAUGAGUGUUCCAUUUUGCUGUAUAUUAGCAUAGUGUAGGGGGUGGUAGGAAAGAUGUGGUAGUUCAGAAGGAUAUAUAAUAGCUGGUGUGGUUUAGAAGUCAGACCCCUGUGAUGGCCUUUCAGUAGUGUUGAUUGUUACGUAUGUGACAGGCACCAAUUUAAUGCAGUAAAUCUGACUCCAUGUUAAUUUUUCUAUAUUUAUUUUUCAACAAAUAAAUUUUCAUUUCACCUUACGCUCCAUGGCGUGUUUCUUAAGAGUUCCAUUACGGUGUGUAGACCAAAAUGCUGAGAAAGCACAGGCACAGAAGGCUGCUGGAAUAGAUAAUGCCACUGAAUGGAACGAUGGACCUGCCUUUUAGGGGAAAGACUUCUUAGGGUUUAACUUAAUGUAACCAUUAAUUCCCCUAUAGGUGGCUGGGGCCUCUGAACAACGCAGCUGACUAACCCCAGAGAAGUCAAAGGAACAUCAGAAAAAGAGGAUAGCUGUGGGAGAAGGAUGGCUGAAGAAGGAACAGGUAAGAUGGUUUGGGGCACAAGUAGCUAGAUAGAACAAGACAAAAGCUUUCAGCUGUCCUCUUCUGUAAUCUGAAAUCUCCUUUUGCCUGUCGAUCAUCCUUUGUGUUGGUGGUAAACUAAAAGCACAGAGGUAAAGCAUGAAUAGUCAUAUAUGCUUCUUUUUGCUUCCCAUUUAAGGAAAACAUUUGCCAUCAGCAAAUACUUUGCUUUUUCAUUAGAAAUGGAACCACUAAGGUGCCCUCCUGAGAAAAAAAAUCUCUUGCAAAAUGCAAGACUGCCUUUAAGUUCUUUAAAGCCAUCUUUAACCAGUUUGCUGGUCUCUUAAGCAAGAGCAAUGCAGUGAGGAACAUAUCCACGCAGCUGGAGGGAGCUGGCCUUUGGUAGCAGUAAUGCUUGUAGAUGUUUAGUGAUACAGGUAUCUGCAUUCUGUGACACUGUGGAUGGAAAGGCAACCAAUUUUCCAACCGUUUUGAUUGACUCCCCUCAGCCUUUUCAAUAGAACACAACAAGAAAGCGAAACUAAAACCAAUUCAGACAUUACACUCAGGAAGUAGUAAUAGAGCAAGGGUGUGGUGACAAGUGAGCUUCUUUGACAGAACAUUAACAUCACUUCAGCAAUAAGCAGGAAUUGUGUUAAGAAUUUAAUACAGAUAUUCCAGCCAGGAUCUGUUAACAGAUUCUUGCAUAGUAACAAUUCUGUUUGACUGCUAAUCACAUUAUCUUUAAGUAGUUCCAAGUGGAAUUUGGCCUAUUUUGCUUAGUGUGUUAAACUUUAAGCUUGCCUGGUUUGAAGUUGGGCAUUUAAGAAACUCAGAGUUAUUUAGGUACUGAUGUGGAAGUCAUACCUGUAGAGCCCCUGAUAAUUCAGAGAAAAGUUCAUAAUACUAAAGCUGACUUCAGAGGAUUUCCAUAGAGAACAUAAUUCCCACCUCUCUACAUCCUAAAAAAAAAACCC